AAUGAUACAAGAAAAUGAACAUGAGCUUCAAAUAUCUUCAGUUGUUAUUAGUACUGACACUAUCAAUAACGUCCGCAAUCAAGGCAAAUCAACAUGACAAUAGCGAAAAUAUUGAAGACGACGUGAUUGUUGCAACAAAUCUAUCAGCACAUGAACUAUUUGACGCUUUUAAAAGUUUACAUACAUCGUUGUUCAGUUCCAAUGAAGCGGAUUCAGACAAUAGCGAAAAUAUUGAAGACGACGUGAUUGUUGCGACAGAUGAACCAUCACAAGGAUUGGUUUCCGACUUUUUCCAAUGGCUUUUCUCGUUGUUCAGUUCCAAUGAAGCGGAUUCAGGCAACUCCGGUAGUCAUCCGUGAAAAUAAUGGGUCGCAAAGUGUAACAAACAAAGUAUGCAAUUAGCUUAUCUGUAGUAGUGAAGAUUAGUUUAGGUAGAUUAGAUUAGUAACCAAAUAUACAUUUACGUGCUAAA